AUGGAGUCCAAACUGAAGGCGAAUCCAGGUCUCAGCAUGAAGGAGUAUGUGGACCAGACGAUUCAUGAUGCCUUGGAGAUGUUCGGGUCUGGGGAGGAUACGCUGGAGCUUUUGGAUGCUCUGGACUCCUGCCAGUCUUAUGGGAGUGGAGCAGCCUUGCCUCAAGCUUUCCAGCUGGAUGUGCCAAUGGAGUACAUUGAUGCCCGGGGCGAACACAGGACUACCAUCAAGCACGAAAUGCUUGCAAUUAAUGCACAUGCAGCUCAGGCUCUUCGUUCAUAUUGGGAAGAGGAGCUGGCAGCCACGAGCGCGUUUGUGAAGCCGCACCCCGCCUUCGAUGCAGCUGGGCCGAAUUGGGUGGGGAGUUUGCUGAUCUUGGUGUGGUCCGUCUGCAUGCAGGACCCCGAUUGCAAUCUCGAUUACGUGGUGCCGCUACGACUUUAUGGUGACGGUGCAGAUGCUUAUCGCUCGGGUGUCCACCCUCGCUGCGACGCUUUCGGGAAGGAGUUCGGCUUCUACAACAAGAAGAUGACAUGUCAUUUCUGUUCGGCAAUCCAGUGGAUCAAUGCUGUAGCCAAGCCGGGGGAACCCAACAACGUGGAGCUGCUUUAUUCCUGCUUCGGGCAUGACGCCCUCCACCGCAGCACUAUGAUCUUGACCAAGGAGGACUUCAUCGAAGCACACGGACUGCUACCUGACUACAUGCAUAUGGUACACUUGGCAGUGGCUGUUGAUUUUCUCGGCAGCAUGUUGCUGGAGGUUACUGACGACACUACGAUAAUGUCGGGCCCAUCGCGAGAAAAGCGGCUGGAUUUGUUGUGGAAAGAUUACAGAUCCUGGGCUGAAGCCUCUCAGAUUGGUGAUCGCGCCAGCAGACGCAUGUUUACAACAGCAGUUCUGCGCAACAACAAGAAUAUCGAGGUUUCGCAGAAAAUUCUUUCUGCGACGGCUUGCAGAUAUAUGCUGCUAUGGGCAUGCACUUUCUUGACAACGGUGUGCGAGCAGAUCGCACCGACUUCUAUCUUGGAGCACUUGCUGGCAGCUGCCACGGCUUUUCGAGAUAUGGAGAUGCUGAUGAUCCACAACGGGCACUCAGUCAGCACUAUGUUGCGAAUUUAA